UAGUUUAAAUGUAAUUUUUAUUUCAGUUUUAGAACUUAAAAGUAUUUAUUUCUGUUAGUUGCCAGGCAAACAAACACACACACACUUUAAGCUUUAUUUUAAUUACCGAAAACAUUAUCUCAACAGUUAUAUAAACAAUUCAACAGUGCACUUAAUGGUUUUGAUACAGUAAAGUGCAAAAGUUUUUAAUGCCAAUGUAGAAAUCUAAAGUCUGUCAGUUUAUUCUGUAAGUAAAAGUAUCUCAGAAACCUUUUAUUAUUAGACAAAGCCAGUAGACUUUAGAUGGUCACAUGAUCUCAAAAUGUCUGCCCCCAUGAGGAGACCCGCUCUUUUUCAAAUCAAUCUGCUUUUAACAGGCUACUGAUAUGAUCUCAAAAGUAAUAUUUCUAUUUUGAGAGAAAAUUAACAUGGACCUUCACUUUUUGAAAAUGUUCACUCUGUCUUUGUGUAGGGGUGAAGCAUAUGACUUACUGAAUAUUUGUUGCAACAUGCAUGGCCAGUGUUAGCAAAGAGUACGCUAGUUUUAGUUUGUUUGCUGAGGUAUGCAACUUUGGCCAGUGAGAGUGUCCUAUGACUGUGUUUGGAUCACAUGCUUUGUGAGAGGGUGUGUGUGACAGUCAUGUGACGUUUGAGCUGUAUUCAAUUAGUCAUCAGACAGAUACGUGUAGAAACCCUUCAGUCUCGGAACACAUGCUUCCCAAAAAAACCUCCCCAUCAUUCUAUUUUGUCUUUGAUUUCAUGAAUGUCAUCUGAUUUGGAGAGCAUACUUCUAGACAAAGUAAGAACCCAUUGUAGCAUGCAUACACACACUCUCUGUAGUGUACUGAGUGGAAUACCUGUGAAGAUGAAGAUUAAGAGUCGCAAGAAAAGCACUGCAAGGAGGUUGUUCAUUCCAGAGGACGCUCCAUGGAACAGUUGGGCAUCUGCUGAGUUUGACCUAGCUCAGAUCAGGUUGAUAGUGUAUCAAGACUGUGAGAGAAGAGGGCGCCAGGUUCUCUUUGACUCCAAAGCAAUACACAAACUGGACACAUCCGAGCCGACUGCUGAUGAAACCAAAACCCCCCCGAACCGGAGUGGUGCUUACCAUAUCGGCAGUCAAGCAGGCGAGAAAGACAAGCCUCCUUCAUAUCAGUAUACCAGACCAGCUCCAGAUGUGACCAUGCUCGGAGAAAUGAUGUUUGGCUCAGUUUCCAUGAGUUAUAAGGGUUCAACGCUUAAAAUUCACCACAUCCGGUCUCCACCGCAGCUGAUGGUCAGUAAGGUUUUUUCCACCCGGUCUGGAAGCAGCACUUCUGAAAGUACAAAUCCGCUACAAGACAGUUUUGAGUCGAUGAGCCAAACGUUUCCUAGUCACACCAGCAGCAUAGGAGUUUGCCGCGUGCCUAGCGCUCCUCUGCCCUGCCUGGCUCGGAGCGCGUCUUUCUUUGCAGCCCAUAGUAAUCCAGUGGACAUGCCAAGCCGAGGACACAGUGAGGACGGGGACAGUGGCAUUGCUCGCUCAGCAUCUCUGAGCAGUUUGUUGGCCACUCCCCUACCGUCACCUGGCUCCUCCUUCAGUAGUGGUUUGUCCAGCAGUUACCAACGCCGAUGGCUCCGUAGCCAGGCCACCAGUCUUCAGCAUGGCCCCGUGCCUCGCUGGAACACUGAAGAAAUGUUCAGCUUGUCUGACGAGAGCUGCACCUCCAACCCUACGAUGAUCCGGAGGAAGAAGAUUGCCAUCAGCAUCAUCAUCAGCCUGCCGGAAAGAGAAGAGGAAAACCACAAUUUCCAGGAGUUUUUCUUCUCACACUUUCCUCUGUUUGAGUCUCACAUGAACAGACUCAAGGCCGCCAUCGAGAGGGCUAUGAUUGUGUGCAGAAGGAUAGCAGAGUCCAGUCAGCGAGUGCAGGUCUAUCUGUGUCGCGUGAUGGAAGCACUGGGAGAAUUCAGGAUGACGGUGUGGAACCUGUAUAUGGCUCCCCGCAUCAGCGAGCCAGUCUGGCUUUCCAUGAUAUCCCAAAGUACAGAGCGAAGUCUACUGUGUCAGCGCUUCCUGAAGGAGAUGAGUUUGCUGAUGGAACACGGAGCCAAGAGCCAGUUUCUCUCAGCUCUCCUUACUGCUGUUCUCACACAUCACUUAGCAUGGGUUCCCACAGUGAUGCCCAGCAACCUGCCGCCAAUCAGAUCUGCCUGUCAGAAACCAGCCUCCCAGACGGUGGACCAGUUGGCUAAAUCUCACCCGUACAACCCACUGUGGGCUCAGUUAGGUGAUCUGUAUGGUGCUUUGGGCUCUCCUGAGAGAGUGUGUCGAACAGUGGUUGUGGGACGCAGGAGGGAACUGGUUCAGCGAGUCUUGUAUGUUCUGUCCUACUUCAUUCGCUGCUCAGACCUGCAGGAACAUGUGCAACCACAGAUGGACAAUCCAGCCAGUCCCUGCACCUCUCAAACCACUGAUCCCACCCCUGAAAAACCAGACCCUUUAAAGCCUACUGCUUGUGUUAUUGGAACGAGUGAAAAAGCACUGAACUCUGACUUGGGUAAUGCUAUUCGGGGCACCUCAGUAGAACAAAACCAUGAGAUACUUUUGACUGAUACUAAAUCAACCAGUCCAUCCCCCAGCGUGGACUUGACCGCUGUCAGGCCUGAAUUUACAGAAAUGGCACAGGAAUGUUUCGGAGAAGACAGUGACUCUGUUGGGGGCGGAUUAGAGCACAUUUUGGCCAAUCAGAGUCCUCUUUUGCAUCGGGUGCAGUUUCACAUUGGCAGUCCCAGUGAGAUGGCGAAUUACGGACAACCCGGGGGUCUGACUGGGGCAGGGUGUGGACGCGGACUGGACAGGAAGUUGCAUCAAAGGCUUUUGAGUGACAUACAGAGGAACGAGAGUUCAGAUAGUGCACUAGGUGACAGUGAUGAUGAGGAAGCACUGUACGUGACUACAGAACAAAACGAGUACGAGUUACCUCUACCAAGUUGUCUGGUAGAGAGUCGAGCCAAUGUUAAUCAUUUUGGGCGUUCAUUGCUGGGUGGGUACUGUCCUCAGUACAUGCCUGACUUUGCCUUGCAUGGCAUCAGUUCUGAUCUCAGGCUCAAACAGUGCCUCAUGGCUGACCUCGAACACACUGUUCUCCAUCCGGCGCUGGAUGAACCAGUGGCCGAGGCUCUGUGUAUCGUGGCGGAUACAGAUCGAAUGAGUGUGCAAGUAGUGACGAGUCAAAAGCGUGUGUGUGAGGGCGGGCGGUUGGGCAGGGACGUGAUGGUGUCCAACCUCGUACACACGCUCAUCACAUCAGUUCUGCAGCUAUAUGCGCUCAACAUCGCCUCCGACUUUUGUGUGAUGCAUCUGGAAGACCGGUUACAGGAGGUGUAUUUUAAGAGUCGAUCCUUGGCAGAAUAUCUGAGGGGACAAACCAGGGUCCAUGUGAAAGAACUGGGGUUGACACUGGGGAUUGAGUCCAGUGACAUUCCAUUGGUUGCCGCAGUGGCCAGCACACACUCGCCCUACGUGGCCCAGAUCCUUCUUUAAAUAGACCAUGCAAGAUUUAUUACACUUUUAGGACCAAUCAAAAUGUGUUCCUGUUCUGCGUGGACCAGCAAGGAUCUGACCACUAUCAGAUGACCACACCAAUCAUGAUGCACUGUGCUCGACAACCAAUCAGAGCCUACACCCAGCCUUAAUAUGCCAAUCAGAAUGCAUCGUUUGUCCAGCUGACUGUCUUUUCGGUGUAUGUAGGUACAAAUGUGUAUGCUUUAAUCUCAGAAAGCUGAGAACGUUUACAGAAUGGGGGAAGAGGUAGAUUGGAGUGUGAUAUUAAACUGUUACUGUUCAUCACUGGUCAGUCCACAGAUCGUGGAUUACAGUAUUAAUCUGGUGCUACUAUUGUGUCCAAGGCUUACUAAAGCACACGCACACUUUUGCGCUCUGUCCUUGUGAAUGCUUUGUUUCUUUCAGUGCUGUAUUGCACUGACAGACAAGUGUCACAGCAAUAGAACCCCAGGUUUGUGACACUAGAAAUAAAAUACAUUUUUUUUUUAUUGUUCCACUUUAAAGACCUAGAGAAAGAUGGUUAUUUUUUAUAUUUUCGAAGAAUAUUCUACCUCAAGUAAAGGAUCUGAAAAGUGGUCUGUUGUGAAUUUAUGGGAUUGAAUGCAGUGUGCAGGUAUUGUCAUUGAGUAUAUACUAAAAAGCUGCAUUUCGGAUUGAAACAAGCCUGUUUUACAUGUCUCUAGUGUAUUUCUGUACUAAAGGUAAAUGUAAAAUUGUCUAGCAUUUUUAUAAUUUUUUUUUUAUCAAGGUUGAACUUUUAACACUAAGGUUUUGCCACUUUCAGUAGUCUCUUGUUUUUCUUUUGGUCUGUUUUGUGCAUGGUGUUUACACGUAUGGUUGAAUGCAGUUGUCUAUGACAAUAGGAAUAAAUUAAAUAAAUUGUCAAGAACUUGAUAACUCUGUA